AUGGUUUUGGACAGGAUUUGUGAGUUUUUAUAUAUUUUAUUAUUAGAUAUGUCUGGACUCAUGAGUCAGAAGCUUGAUGAGCUGUUCACUGCCCUGACCCAGAACACACCAAUAACAAAUACCCUGAUUCAACAGGCAAAGCAGGAAUAUGACAGAAUAAGGGAAGUAGCUGUCCGAGGGGAGCAGGGCAGGGCAUCAGCUGAGGGCAUGAAAUGUCCUAACUGUAAAAAGGACCUCCCAAUACAGCGACAGACAAAACUGAUUGAAUCGGAAAAUGAGAUUACCAGACUCCGACAAGAACUUCAGCUCAAGAUUAGCAUGUGUCAAGAUUUGGAGGACAAGAUUCAGAGAUUACAGACCCUGCAGAAGGGAAGUAACUCAAACAUGGGAGGAGAUACACUUCUUCAGAUCAGUGAGAUUUAUAACAGACUUUUUGCGGAGCAAUGGCUACAGGCUUACGAGUUCAUGGACAACAACCUUAACCAAAGAGAGGACAAAGUAUUGGACAUUCUGCAGAGGAUACUCAGGGCAGCCUACGAGUUUUGUAAAGACAUCUCUGAUGCUCAGAUAAAGAAUGUAGAGGGAGAAAUUUACUGCCCCCUUUCAACCUGGACAGAAGACAAGAGACUGGAGUUUUCAGUUACUCCUCGAUCGAAAACCUCUUCUUCCAUCAGUAGUCUGGCCAAGCAAUACCGAGACAUGGCCUCAACAGAGUGUAUCCCUAUCCUACAGGAGACUUUCCUUAAAGAAGUCCUGCCUGAAUUCCUGGAUGUGCAGUAUGUAAAUGAGCCGGUGGUGGUCAGAUAUACACAGAAAUGUGUGGAAGUCACAUGGUACAUGUGUAUACAGUCACCUCAGCUGCACCUUAUCACCAAGGUCAUACGAAAGUCAACGUUUGACACCAAGCUGUUUAGUUAUUACACUGUGGCAGGAGACAAAAUGGACUUUGUUGUCUGGCCAGCAGUGGUUCAAGGAGAAAAUGAAAGAACUGUCUCCAAAGGGGUCGCCCAGGCCAUGGAUAAUAAUCGGUCACAUUCCUCCAUAAAGGCAUCAAUAUAUUCUCAUCAGACCGAAAAAUCCCCACAACCCCAGGAGCAUAUGACACCACAGCAAAAGGGCCACAUCUCUCCUGCUGGUUCUCUCAACAAUCCAGCUCUAGGAGGCACACCAUGGGGUUCACAGUUUUAUGGCUCCAACAGAGGUACUCCUUCAGUAGAUCUACCUCCAACUCCUACAGAGGACCCUCCUCCCAGUCCAAAGGGUGUGACAAAAGUAGCUUCCAGAGCUAGUGUGGCUGUACCUGACAAAAGUGAAACAGAGGCAGUGAGAUCCAAGAUGGGAAGGAGCACAGCAAAACCCCAAAAUUCUGAUACAGAGCAGGCCAAAAGUCGGAGAGCUUCUAUAGACAAACAGAGAGGGACAGUCAAUGGGAAUCCAAAGAGCCCAAAGACAGUGCUAGAUAGUCCUGUCCCUCAUUCCCAGAGGGGCACUGCACACAGGGACUCCAGAUAUAGUCCCCCACUGGAAACCAUGUCACUGACCAAAGCCUGGAGGGAAUCUCGAGCUCAGCCAAUGAGUAAGCCUGGAAAAACAUAGCCAAAUCAUAUCAGCCAACAAGAAAGCCUGGAAAAACAUAGCCAAAUCAAAUCAACCAAUGAGAAAGCCUGGAAAAACAUAGUUAACACUAUAUGAUCAAUGUAUGACCUCUUAAAACUUGAAACAGCUAAUCAUUGGUCAAUACUAGCUGAUGCAGUCUACAAUAAACAGAUGGAAGAAAGGAAUGUCAGUUUAACAUUUUAUCUUUGGU